UUAGUCGUUUUGGACACCUCUGUCUGUCUGUACGUAACUAAUCUAUGUCAAAAAUAAGAAAUGGCCCCGGUCGUUAGUGUCGUUCGUUUUAGUAUUUUAAUAAUAAUUUUACUGUUUAGGAAUGAAAAUGUUACUGCAAAUGAUAUUUUAGGUUGUGGUGGAUUUGUUAAAAGUCAUGUAACUUUAGACUUCUCAAAAAUCGAGAUUGGCUUGUACACAAAAGAGGGAAGUUUGAAGGAGAAGACAGAGUGUGCUCCAACAAAUGGUUACUAUUUCUUGCCACUCUAUGAGAAGGGAGAGUAUAUUCUCAAAGUUCAUCCGCCAGCAGGUUGGAGUUUCGAGCCUUCUCAAGUAAAGUUGGUUGUUGAUGGAACAACAGAUCAAUGUUCUACAGGACAAGAUAUUAACUUUGCCUUCAACGGGUUUGGUAUCACUGGGAGAGUGAUUACUGCUGGCCAAAAGCAAGGCCCUAGUGGAAUAAGUGUACAGCUGAUAAAUCAAAAAGGAGAAGUAAGGAAUACAGUGACUUCUGCUAGUGGUGAUUUUCACUUUACACCUGUGAUUCCAGGAAAAUAUACACUUAAGGCUUCGCAUCCUAGAUGGAAGUUGGAACCCUCACAAGCUGUUGUACAAGUGACAGAGGGUAAUACUGCACUUCCAGUAGGAGUGUUAGCUGUCAAAGGAUAUGAUGUCAGAGGUUCAGUUACUUCAUUUGGAGCUCCUCUGAGCGGUCUGCAUGUACUUCUCUACUCUAAGGAGACAAAUCAGCAACUUCGUGUUGAGGGGUGCAAAACUGCACUCUUGCAAGGUGUCCCUGAUUCUCCAAUUUGUUAUUCUAUAACAGACAACAAUGGUGAAUUCAGUUUUGGCCUGGUGCCUGCUGGAAAUUAUAAACUGUUGACUCUCUCCACUUCUCCUGGUCAAGCUUCCAUCAGCUAUAAUGUGAAACCAGAAUCUGUUCCAUUCAGUGUUCUUCACGACAGCCUCUUCAUAAGAAACGCAUUUGAGGUGCAUGGCUUUACAGUAGUAGGAACUGUUGUCAAAUCCAUUGGUGGAGAAGGUUUAUCCAAAGCUAGAGUGCUCCUCGAUAAACAAGCGAUCGGAAACACUGAUGUCAACGGCAAGUUCACGUUGCCCCAAUUGCAGCCUGGGACAUAUUCUAUUACUUUUCAACAUGAGCAAUGCGAGGUGGAGCCGGUGCAGCUGCAAGUGUCUGCUAGCGGGGCGCGCCCCCCCGCGGCUGUCGCGUCGCGGUGGCGCGUUUGUGGCGUUGUGGCGCCGGCGGGCGCGCGGCGUCUCACUAUACAACCUGACAGGGGGGGCGCCACCGUCGCUGUACACGUGGCGCCUGAUAGCGGAGGAAAAUGGUGCACGUUCCUUCCCUCAGGAGUAUAUUCUGCUAAAGUUGAUUUAUCUGAACAAGAGCAAAGAGAAGGAUUACAAUUCUAUCCGCUAUCACACAAGAUAACAGUAGGGAACGGACCAGUGGAGGGUAUAUCGUUCUCCCAAUUAAAGGGAACGGUGAGUGGGAAAGUGCGUUGCAAACGUGCGGCGGAUUGCGUCGCGUUACCAAUCCGUUUGCGUGCUUUGUCGCCAGAUGGAGCUUAUUUUGGAAACCCACGCGAUACUACAGUCACAGAUGGUGAAUACCGGUUUCCGGAAGUGACAGCCGGUAGCGCGGAAGUAUCGGUGGGGGGUACUCGUCUGUGUUGGCGCGAGAGGUCGCAUAUAGUGCCGAUCGCCGGGGACAAGGUUCAAGCUCCGGACUUCGUUCAUACCGGUUAUAUCCUCCGUUUGAGAGCUUCACAUCCAGUACAGGUGGAAUACAGUGGUCCAGAAGGCGUAACGGGCACGUUAUCUGUGCCAGAGGGCGCUAGUGAACAAUGUGUGCCCAAAGCUGGUACAUAUACGUUGAUUCCACGAUCUUGUCAUAAAUUUUCUCCGGCCACCGUUCGAGCUACUCCACAAGAAUCUGAGGAUGAAACACCGAUGACGGUGUACUUUGUGGCUGUGGCUCACGAGGUGACCGUUCGCGUGUUGUCACCAGAGGCCGCCACUGACGUCACGUUACUGAUCGGCACUGAAGACCACGGAGCAAUGCCUGUGGGACCUCUCAAACCUAGUCCUCAUCCUGAUGGCGGAUUCGCAUACGAGCAUACUAUGUAUAUGGCUGAUGGCGAGGUGGGCGUGGUGUCCGCUAGUUCGUCGUCGCUGCUGUUCGACCCGCAGCAGCCGCAGCAGGUGUGGGGGCGGGGCUCGUGUCAGCCCAACGCGCUCACGUUCCGUGCCCGCAGAGCGCUCACGCUGGCGGGGGCGCUCCGCCCACCCGUGCCCGGCGUGCACGUCACACUCACCGCCGACGGAGUGAAACAAACCCAUAUUACAACAGAGGAUGGCAAAUAUAGCUUCGGUCCCCUGGAUGCGUCUAAGAAGUACACGGUGACGGCUGAACUCGAGUCUUACGUGUUCAGUGAGCCUGACGAGAACGGUAUCAUCUCCGCUCGGAAAUUAGCCGAGAUCACAGUGCAACUUCUAGAUCGUGUUGACAAAACACCGCUACAGGGCGGUCUUGUAUCGGUGAGCGGCGGUUCGUACCGUCGUACAGCGGUAACGGACGCGGCGGGCAGAUUACGUUUCGCCGCUUUGGCUCCCGACCAGUACUACGUGAAGCCAAACAUGAAGGAGUACAGAUUCCAUCCACCUCACACCAUCGUGCCUCUGCCCGAUGGUGAAGCGAGACAUUUGGAGCUCACCGGCGAACGCGUGGCGUGGUCGUGUGUCGGACGAUUGAUGUCAUUGGGUGGGAUGGGAUGGGCGGGCGCGGUGGUUGCAGCGGUUCCCAAACCUGAAUCGCCGGCUAGUUGCUUACCGGAGGAGGCGACUACUGAAUCUAGCGGUGCUUUCAGGAUACGCGGCUUAUUACCCAGCUGCGUAUACACAAUCCAACUGAAGGAGUCCAGUUUACCAGAACUGGUAGGGCUUAAACUAGCGAAAGCUCCGUCUACGCUGGAGGUGAAGAACAAUAAAGACAUCGAAAACGUAAUUCUAAUAGCGGUCCAGCCCCGUCAGCUGACAGAUGGUAGUGUUCUAAUACACGCUGCGCCUGCGCACUAUAAAAUGUUGCGUCUUACUCUAGCAACAGAAAAAGCGCCACACUCUCAUAUAUACGCGGCAAAAUUAGAUCCACCCAACGGUCAAGACAACCCGGGCGUUAUGCUUGUGUUACCGAGACUGCCGGCCGAUAAUGCCACUUAUGUACUCCAAUUAGAGUCGACUUUAUCGAAAGCAACGCACACUUAUGAAGAUACGAUCAUAUACUUCGAAUCCGAUGGCAAUUACAAGACUUUCGAUAUAGAGUUUAAGCCGAAGGUAAAAUCAUCAGAUCAGGAGCUCCGGCAGACCUCUUUCUUAGUUGUUCCCUUGUUAGGUCUCUUAGCGUUGGCGUAUAUGCAUCGGGAUGCGUUACUAGCACGUGUGAUGUCACUGAGCGUGGGCGUAGGGGGUGGAGCGAGUACGGGGGGUAGAGGGGGUACGAGGGGGGUCGCCCGCCCCGACGUGUUGGACGCGGCUAGUAUAGAUCACAUAGUCAGCGCUGUUAACGCGGCGGGUAAACGUACUUCUAAGAAAAAACAACAAUAG